GGAAAACUCCUGGUAACUGCUUGAUAGCCGACAUAAAAAUGGCCAAAUCAUCUAAAAAGAAACUGAAGGGGCGCUCAUCGAAUGAGGUGGCCAGGCCUUCCCUGCCUCAAGAGAUUCCUCCAAAAAUUGACUAUCACAGACCGUUGUCUUCGCCCUACGAAACACCGUUUGUUACCCUCACUAUAGGAAAUAAGCGAUAUGGCCUUCCGGCUCAUUUUCUUCGGAAAUACCCAAAAUUCCAGCUAGCACCUUAUGGGCUUUCAACAAGUAUCACCAUGUCUGAUAUCCACGAGGAUGUUGGACAUACCAUAGUGCAUUUUUUAUACACAGGUGGCUACGAGACAGUCAACUCGCCUCUUGGUGAAGGCACAUCCGAUAUCUCCAGAGAAUACAAGAAGAGCGUUCUCGCCUACCACGCCUCAAGGACGUACGGCCUUCCUGAACUUGAGACCCUUUCCAAACAAAAGAUGAAGCAACUAGAUGAGGAGGUUCCUGUUCUUGAAGUACUGCAGGCAACGAGGGACGUUUUUUCAGGCCUUCCCGCUGGUGAAACAUGGCUUCCAAUUUAUAUUGAGGGGAACUUGCAACGACUAUUAGAGCCUGAAGAUCCAGCGCUUGGUCUACGCGAUGUUUAUAAUAUUCUUGGCCGAGACCACCAGUUUGAUAAUCUCGUGAUGAAAAUAAUCCUCGAGAUACUCUCUGUUCGUUUGCGUUCCAUGCAAGACCAGCACGGUAAAAGCCUGAACGGAACUGGCCCAGCUUAUUCUCUUCCUGAAGAGCCUGUUCCUGAAGAGCCUGAACCUGUUCCCGCAGAGGCCGAGCCUGAAGAAUAUGAACCUGUUCCCGCAGAGCCUUUUCCUGAAGUGCCUGAACCUGUUCCCGCAGAGCCUUUUCCUGAAGUGCCUGAACCUGUUCCUGAAGAGCCUGAAUCUGUUCCCGCAGAGGCCGAAUCUGGGCCUGAAGUGCCCCCUGUUGAAGGGGAAUUCGAGCAGUGGACCAUUACCCAAGCCUCCUCUAAUACCGAAGGCUGGUCUAGCGCUUCUUCAUCUCCUAGCGAUACCCCCAAUCACGAAAUACCACCCAAGGCUCCUGAUCAAACACAAGCCCAAGGUCACAUAGCGAGGAUUUCAUGCGCAGACUUAGUACUGUAUGAGAAUUGGGAAAUUCUGUCCCCGAAAUCUAAAAAGAAAAAGGCUCAGAAGCUUGCGUCAAGGGGCCUUCCCAUUCCAAGUGAAGGUGGUUUUAUUUCAAUAGUUGCAAGGUGAAAUGACUUGGAGCGACUUCAAUCGAAC